UAUAAUAAAAUUAAAAAUUAUAAAUAUAUAGAUCACACACCUUAAAAAGAAAUCAGUAUUGCUGCAGGCUAAAAUGAAUCGGGAUGAACUGAUAAAAAAAGAAGACGAACGGGAAGAGCAGCCCUACUAUAGAGCAGUAUUUAACAGGCGAAGAGCAGGACAAGCUCCAGCCCGAGGCACAGAUUCGUGACCCUUUCCAUUGUAAUAGUAAAUUAUGUGUUAUAACACAAUUCAACAAUAAUAAUACUAUUAAAAGUAUAUGAAUGAUAAGAAAUAACGAGAAGAAGAAUAAAGUCGAACAAGAGUGCACGAUGGUCGAUGAAACACUAUAGACAAGGGAACGCUUAAUGACCAAACCCGAACAAUAUAUUUCUGGUCGGCCUCGGAACAGUGACCUUGUCACCCAUAUUAAUGUAAGUAUAGGUACAUUGCGACGAAAAAUGUAUUAUCCGAGAACAAAUACUGACGAAUCUAAUAACAAUAAAUUAUAAUAUGUUUCAUCCAUUAUAUAAUUUACAGGUCAAUAGUUUUACAUUCUGAUCCUUAAGUGCAUGUUUUGAUGAUUACAAGCGCAUAAAUACUUUUAUGUUUUUAAUAAUUUAUAGUUAAUUUUUAAUGCGUCCAUUUGUUGCUUCAUGGGUCACGCCUAUAUAUAUUAUCAGUUUUAUGUACCUACGAUAAUGCGUACAAUGUAUGGUAAACCAUGUAAAGCUGUCAAAUAACAGUGACUGUCAUCAUUAAACCUCAAUCCCCUUGUUAUUAUGAGUACCUAUAAAAGAAAGUAUAAAGUUUCAAUUUUUUUUCUUAGAAUAAAACGUGUUAUUCUAAUGCUGAAUGUAAAUGGGGAACAUAAUAAUCUUAAACCAAAUAAAAAUACAAUUUAUACACAAUAUUAUUGUAUUUUUAUUUUGCGCAUGACGGGUGGAAUGGUGAAUCCAAAUUAAUAUUAUUAUUAACAUAAUAUUCGUCGUAUUUUAUUGUAGCCAUCCGAUUCUGGGCGUAGGUAGUAAUUCAUGAAUUAUGCGAGAAACGGUGGAUUACUCUUCGACGACCCAAAGAUGACUGUUGAGAGUUGAAGACGCCUCGAAUGCUUUUUCGGGUAAUCCAUCAAUCCAUAUCCAUCAUUUGCGGAUACUACAUGAAAAGAUAGUCCCAGGGUAACAAGACAACGACAGCAAGGAAGUGUUCAAUAUAAAGUGAUAUACAGAAUACAUAAUUUGCUGGGCCCUGUGCGACCGUAACGCUUAGCCAACCCCUUGGAAGGGACUGUUGCGGACACACGGUACAUGACGUAUUUUACGAUAAUGCCUUCGACGCUUAACUAGGACCGACACCACGACUGCUUCUAUCACCACCAUCGCUCAUAUAAAACGGAACGCAGAGCUCUGCAGAUCGUCAUUCGUGUCUUAACCGUGCCAGGUUUUCUUACCCGUCUGCUACGAUUUUAUUCGAAAGAAAAGACGAUGGAAUAUAAUAUAGCAAACAUAACAAAAUUAAUAUUGUUUGUCAUCAUCUCCUCCGCGGCGGCAGAAAAAUUAAAACCAACAGUUUCAGAUCGAACCCAGGCCAUUCUGGAUAGAGCCUACUGGCGUGUAUGUCCUCCACUUGGAAACUCAAAAUUUGAGGUACAGACUUUACAAACUACAUCACUGAUGUUCGGAUGUGCCUAUAUGGAAAGUCUACAAGCCUAUGCUCCAUUGUUCCAUUUGUGGUUGGAGCGCCCAGAGAAAAGAUCUAUACACGGAAAUUGCGACAACAUGCAGAAUAUGGACCACUUCAUGUUUGAGUGUUUGUCAAAACUCGUCGAAACAUUACCGACCGAUCAAGACGAAUUUGAAAUGGGCUGGCAAUAUAUAUCGCUACUGGAACAUACAGCAGAGUCAAUGCAAAAUAAAACCAAAACACGAAUCUACAGAUGUGCCUUGUACGGUGUGGACGACCAAGACUAUAAUAUGGUUAGAUCAAUCCAUAUGGUGAUUAGCAAGCCGGUAAUAGGAGAGCAAUUUGAUGUAAGUCAGUGCAAUGGUCUGUUGGAUAUUAUGGCACGGGAUCAAACCAGACCAAACAUACCCGAGGGAUAUCGAUAUUGGCCCGACGGGUCUUUAUACAUCUAUUUAUUAGGAAGAAAAACAACAAUCUUCGUCACCAAUCCAUCAUCAACUACUACCACCAGACGUCCAUCGACAACUACUACCACCAGUCGUCCAUCAACAACUACAACCACCAGUCAUCCAUCAACAACUACUUCCACCAGUCGUCCAUCAACAACUACUACCACCAGUCAUCCAUCAACAACUACUACCACCAGACGUCCCAUUAUAACUACAAUUACAACGACCAAUGAUGCAUAUCCCAGUGUAGAUUAUUAUGACCGUGUUUCAGAUAGAACCCAGGCCAUUCUGGAUAGAGCCUACUGGCGUGUAUGCCCUCCACUUGGAAACUCAAAAUUUGAGGUACAGACUUUACAAACUACGUCACUGAUGUUCGGAUGUGCCUAUAUGGAGAGUCUACAAGCCUAUGUUACAUUGUUCCAUUUGUGGCUGGAGCGCCCUGAUAAAAGGACUGUACACGGAAAUUGCGACAACAUGCAGAAUAUGGACCACUUCAUGUUUGAGUGUUUGUCGAAACAUGACAGUCCGACCAAUAAAGACGAAUCUGAAAUGGGCGGGCAAUAUAUAUCACUACUGGAACAUACAGCAGAGUCAAUGCAAAAUAAAACUAAAACACGAUCCCACAGAUGUGCCGUAAGUAUUUUAUGUUUACCUACGUGUUUUUCUAUAUUGUAUAAUAUAAUUGUAGCAGCUGAACUCGUACAAUAAAUUUGAUUAUUAAUCCAGUGCUGGCGGUGAGAGGUAGACGGUGGUGAUUGAAGAUCAUUCUUAUAUGCAUACGACAUACCUAUUAUAGGUUUUUCGUUUUUACGCGGGUUGUUGGUGAAAUAAUAGAUACUUACUAUUGGUGUACUUAAAUCAUUUAUAUAAAAAAAUUAUUCAAGCUCUAAAGAGCUUAAGUUCUCU